GCUGUACCAUGAACGCGCCUCGGAGUAUCGUUGAUCCCGAAGGUGCUGGGUGGCUCCGAAAUUUCUCAGCGCGGCCAAACAGCCACGGACAACUCGGUCAACUGACGAUAACCUCCCCACGGGCCAAUCCCUCCCUCACCUCUCCCCCCCCUCUUAUUCCUACACUCAGGAGGGCCGCCAAUUUUUGGGGAGCAAUUUACCCGCGUCAGGCCAACCACAAACCCCAAAAUUUCCAAGCAGUGCUUGCGGGAGUCAGUCCGCAAGUCACACCACGGACCCCCAUCAUGGCGAUGCGCAACCCCCAACUCCGGAGUCUCCCAUCACGGCUCUUCCAGACCAUCACCAUCUCCAGACAAUGCAUUCGACCAUUGUCCCGCAAAGCAGCACCCUCAGUGCCGACCCCGACUCCCUUCGUCCCGGACGUCCAGACCUUCCUCACGCUGAUCGGUCGUGAAAUGUCCAAGCACGCGAGCAAGAUCUCUUCAUGGGAGCAACUGUUCUCCUCCAACUCCGACCAGCUCCGCCAACUGGGCAUCGAAAACGCUCGGCAGCGCCGAUAUCUCAUGCGGAAGCGAGAGAAGUUCCGCAACGGAGUCUACGGACCCGGAGGCGACCUCGAGCAGGUCGUGGACGGCGUGGCCCAAUUGCGCGUGGUGGAGGUGCCCCAUGAGUCUGGCGCUGCAGACAGCGCAGCAGCCGGCGCUAGCUCGGCGACAUUGACGCCAGGCAUGAAGAAGGCAAUUGUGAAUCUGGCACCGGAUGCCACAGAAUACAAGCACAGUGUGUCGGCGGUGCUGAAGAAGUUUGCGCACAUGAAGAUCCACCGAGGCUCGAAGAUUAUGGGUCCUUUCUUACAGCCGAUCAAGGGCUCUCACGGGUCUGCGGCGACGAUCUCGGUUCAGGAGGGUAUGUGGGAGGAUAGACGGGGGCAGAAGGUUGACGGUGGUGAGCGACGACGGGUUGAGGUGCGGGCCAAGAAGAGACUUGAGGAGAGGAGGAAAGCGUAGAGUUGACUCAAUUGGAUUGGCGUUUUCCUGCAUAUCUCUUGAGCCCUUCCCUGACGGACUUGUGUGUUCUAUUUGCAAUGUACUAUACUGCUAUACUAUCAACUAUCUCAUAUACAAGGGCUAUAUUUGCCCUUUUGCAUUUGA